AGGAGAGGAGCAGCAGCAGCACAGCCAUGCACACACAUGACUAGUGACCUCAGAUUAUGCACAACCUGGCUCUUACAUACCGCAGACACCGUGCUUGCUGUACACACUAUUUCCAGCUGGGAUUUGUAUGAGCUGCUGCUCCUGUUUUCUUCCUAUUCUUCCCUAUCUGGUGAUGGAAAAUCUGUCAGCAGAUAUCUGUACUGUGCCUCCUCCUCCUGGGUGCAGAUCAUUGCUGUGUGGGAGGGCAGGGAUGGUCCUGAUCUCUUGCAUUUCUUGCUAGACAUCCACAUGCGGACCGUUAUCCUUCUGCAGGUUGGCAGCUGCCCGGGGUUUGCUGUGCGUAGUGCUGCCCGGCUUCCUGCGGUAUCAGAUGUGCGUGUGCUCUCCCGUCUACAAGAGGCAUCAUGGUGAAACUGCCGGCGCUCACUCCUUACUGGCCUCUCAUCCGCUUCUUGGUGCCUCUGGGGAUCACCAAUAUAGCGAUCGACUUCGGGGAGCAGGCUUUAAAUCGGGGUAUAGCUGCCGUCAAAGAAGAUGCCAUCGAGAUGCUUGCCAGCUAUGGCCUGGCAUAUUCCCUGAUGAAGUUUUUCACGGGUCCUAUGAGUGACUUCAAGAACGUUGGUCUUGUGUUUGUGAACAGUAAGAGGGACCGAACAAAGGCUGUACUGUGUAUGGUCGUGGCAGGCAUCGUGGCUGCUGUCUUUCACUUGCUCAUAGCAUAUAGUGAGCUGGGAUAUUACAUUAUUAACAAGCUUCACCAUGUGGAUGAGUCUGUGGGAAAUAAAACACGGAAGGCCUUCCUUUAUCUGGCAGCAUUCCCAUUUAUGGAUGCUAUGGCCUGGACACAUGCUGGCAUUUUGCUUAAGCACAAACACAGCUUUCUAGUUGGAUGUGCCUCCAUCUCUGAUGUCAUAGCACAGGUUGUAUUUGUUGCCAUUCUGCUCCACAGUCACCUGGAAUGCCGGGAGCCACUUCUUAUUCCAAUCUUGUCCUUGUACAUAGGAGCACUUGUGCGCUGUACAACAUUGUGUUUGGGAUACUACAAAAACAUACAUGAUAAGAUUCCUGAAAGCAGUGGACCAGAGGUGGGAGGAGAUGCCACAAUAAAGAAGAUGCUGAGUUUUUGGUGGCCUUUAGCACUUAUAUUGGCCACUCAACGAAUCAGCAGACCAAUUGUUAACCUUUUUGUUUCGCGUGACCUAGGUGGUAGUGCUGCAGCCACAGAGGCAGUGGCAAUUCUUACGGCUACAUACCCUGUUGGACACAUGCCGUAUGGUUGGCUAACAGAGCUACGCGCGGUCUAUCCUGCCUUUGACAAGACUAAUCCUAGCAAUAAAUUGGCUAACAGUGGAAAUGUGGUGACUAAAAGCAACAUCAAGAACUUCACUUUUGUCUGCAUGGCUCUUUCUCUAACGCUGUGCUUUGUGAUGUUCUGGACUCCAAAUGUAUCAGAGAAGAUUCUGGUUGAUAUCAUUGGAGUAGAUUUUGCAUUUGCAGAGCUGUGUGUGGUUCCUUUGAGGUUAUUUUCCUUCUUCCCUGUGCCAGUCACUGUGCGUGCCUACUUAACUGGCUGGUUGAUGACACUCAAGAAGACAUUUGUGCUGGCACCAAGCUCUGUUUUAAGAAUUAUCGUCCUCAUCUCUAGUCUUAUUAUAUUGCCUUACUUAGGGGUCCAUGGAGCUACAUUAGGAGUAGGAUCCCUUCUCGCAGGCUUUGUAGGAGAAUCAACAAUGGUUGCUAUUGCAUCCUGCUAUGUAUACAGAAAACAGAAAAAGAAGAAAAAUGAGACGGAGACUGCGGUGGAAGGAGAAGAUUCAGCGAUGACCGACAUGCCUCAGAGUGAGGAGUUAACGGACAUUGUUGAAAUGAGAGAAGAUGGAGAAUAAACAGCAUAUUGGCUGGCUCUUUGCAAGAGAAGUACAGAUGGUCCCUUCCUAUCUUCCGUCUUCAAUCAGUUUAUUUUAUUAGUAUGGAAACUUCAGAAGGCUCCAAUGUUUAGCAUACUGGGUAUGCUUGCUAUAGUGUGAGCCAGAGAGAGGCUCAUCGCUUUACAAAUACCAUGCAUUUAUCUUCCCAAACCAUGGAUAUUUAAUUAUCAACAUCCUACUGGAUAGGCGUUUACUACAUUGAGCUUCAUUGGACAAUUUCCAUUCGUCAACCAAAGCAUCGCUGUCUGUCUGUGCUGUUUAACAAAGCUGCCGUCCUAGUCACUAUUUUGUUUAAUCCAGUUCUGUUUUGUUACAUUAGAACAUAAUAAUUCAACUUCUUUUUAUUCCUCAUUUAAACUUCAAAAGGGAUUUAGUUUUGAAAAAAACAAUUGCAAAUGUACACAUAACACACAGAUGAAUUCACUACACAACAGAGAAGCGCGCUUUUAUACCACAGGUAAAUGGGGGGGGAAAAUCACACAUUUGUUUUUAUUUACAAUUUAUUACAUUGAAUGUUAUACAAAAACUGUAUAAAGUUAUCUUUGAAAUGUUACUUCUUUAUGGUUUGUCACAAGACGUUUUUAUCUACUUGUGUUACUAAUCAGGUUAGUAGAUAGCUACAGAAUCCUCCUCAUCCAUCUAGUCUCCAUAUGCCAUGCAGUUCGAGAUGCCCGGCGUGAAUAAGCUGCCAGGUCCUGUGCAGCUCCACUAACAUUGGGUGUCUUUUUUUUGCCAAAAAUGUAUCUUAGUUGCAACGCAAUGUGACUAGGACGCACAAGAAGACUGUGCUGAUUGAUUUGAUAUACGACACCUGUAUAUUGUGUGUGACUGAGCCUGGAAUACAUACUAUAUCCCAGCGGUCAGAAUGCUGGACCGAUCAUGGCAUCCCAACACUGAAGAUCCCGACAUCUGAGACGGUAUUUUUAACCCCCGCCCUAACGCCCUCUUGUCGGGAUUGCGGCGUUGGUCACGUGUCUGCUGGCAUCCCGACAGCCAGGACGCUAAACGCAUCCCCUGAGCCUAUAUACGGAGCAGACCACAACUUGUAUUGAAAAAAGCUGCGGCUGCUACAUUGUAGCACUUCGUAUCGUAUGCAGAUUCAGAGACUCAGUAACACACAGAUAUACAAGUGACAUAUAUCAAGUUAAUCACCAAAGUCUCCUUCUACUUCCUAGUCACAUUGUGUUGUGGCUAAUACGCAUUUUCGGCAAAAAGGACACUCGGUGCUAGAAGAUUCUACCUGGCGUGCCAAAAGGGACUGUUUGGUGUGACUGCAGCAAAGAUGGUAGAGGGCUCAUCUGUAUUAACCAAAUAUCUAAAUGGUUUAACAAAAGGAAUUUAAAGCAGGUGUUAUUUGCAGACAUUUCUGAAUCUGCUAAUAGUUUUGUGAUUAGAAUUCAGUGAUCAUAGGGAGUAAUUCUGAGUUGAUCGCAGCAGGAACUUUGUUAGCAGUUGGGCAAAACCAUGUGCACUGCAGGGGAGGCAGAUAUAACGUGCAGAAAGAGUUAGAUUUGGGUGGGUUAUUUUGUUUCUGUGCAGGGUAAAUACUGGCUGCUUUAUUUUUACACUGCAAAUUAGAUUGCAGAUUGAACACACCACACCCUAAUCUAACUCUCUCUGCACAUGUUAUAUCUGCCUCACCUGCAGUGCACAUGGGGGGUAAUUCCAAGUUAAUUGCAGCAGGAAAUUUUUUAGCAGUUGGACAAAACCAUGUGCACUGCAGGAGGGGGGGGGGGGCAGAUAUAACAUGUGCAGAGAGAGAUAGAUUUGGGUGUGGUGAGUUCAAUCUGCAAUCUAAAUUGCAGUGUGAAAAUAAAGCAGCCAGUAUUUACCCUGCACAGAAACAAAAUAACCCACCCAAAUCUAACUCUCUCUGCACAUGUUAUAUCUGCCUCACCUGCAGUGCACAUGGUUUUGCCCAACUGCUAACAAAGUUCCUGCUGCGAUCAACUCUGAAUUACCCCCAUAGACAUUUGUAUGUUGGAUAGACUCAAUUAUCCAUCUUUCUUCCAGAAAAUGCAUUUAUCUAGAGCACAAAAUUGAAUAUUAUUUAUCACCAUCACUAAUAAGAAAAAUACAUUUUCUGAAGAGUGACGGCACCAGCUCCAGUGUACUAAAACACUUUCUUAGAAAGCAGUUAUUUAGAUGUAUUUUCAUGGCAUUUCUGGGAUGGUCAAUUGCAGCAACAUUUUAUACUCCAGAUUUUUUACCAAUGUCCAAUCGAGGAACUUUUCCUACACUAUAUUAUACUAUUUAUUUAGUGCCAUAAGUUAUUUUUAUCUUUUGUUCUGAUUAUAAAAUUCUAUACCGCAUGUUUCUGUUGUCUUCGUAUAGACACUGACUUCAUAGGUUAGUUUAGCACUUUAAGUUAAGAGGUGACACAUUAAUGGAAAUAACUGUUGUAUAUAUCUCAGAAGACGCUGCAAUAUGCCUUUUUUAUUUUUUCCCCCCUGCUAUGCUCUUUAAAAAAUCUCUGAAGUGGCAUACAUGUGGUAUAAAAACACAUAAUACAUAUGACAUAUCAUAUGUAUCUCUACCACACCCGCUCCAUGUUAGUGUUAGACGUGAUCUGUAAAAAAUAGUUAUUUCCAAUGAAGCUCCAUCUUCCUUCUGGUCAUAUAGAACUUAAUACCUUUAUGGACACAGAAGACAAAGUGGACUAUUUUUUAAUAAUAUUUUUUCUCUGGGUACUUGACUAGAAAUAUAAUCAGCAGUAUUUUUGGAUAUUUGUGAAUAUAUUUAAAAUGUGUGUGGGGUUAUGGCUGGAAAACCAAUUACUUUUAAAACUAUAAUAAAAGAAAUGUAUUUGAAUGUGUUACACAACACAGUUACCGAAUGCCGGAAGAGUGCGAUUCAUUUUGUGUAGAGAUUAAAGGGAAUACAAUAAAACAUUUAAACUGAGAAACCAUAA